AUGAGGGGGCUCUUCCAAGAUGCUUGGGAACUUGCUGCUGAACAUAACCUAGAAGAUGAGUCUAGAUUUGCUUCAACAAACAUGAAAUCAACAAUAGAAAAUAGAAAUUUGGACGAUGAGUCGUGGCCUAAUCGUGGAGGUACCAAUGUGCUUCGGGUCCGUUCCCGACAGAGAUCACCGUACGGGCCACCAGUGGAAUCCAACGGCUCACCAUUUAAAUCCGACGGUUAUUGCUUGAAAUCAAAUCCUGUUUCCAGGAUCAAGGACGACAAGAGGGCCGACAAGUGGACCAUCAAGGUCGAGUUAUAUGGGGUGAACAAUGCUGAAGGUGUCUAA